UUCCAAGCCAAGAAGUAUCAAGAAUCAGACGACUGCUUAUCACAACUGUUUUGUAAUCAUCAAAAUGUCAUGAAUAAAUAUGCAAUGCUCACAGCCUUGGACACACUUCUGAACAACGGUUAGAAGACGACUGAACGAGGGUGAAGACAUAAAUUGUGAAUAAUAACGGUAUUACUGCUAAGAUGAAAACAGUUGGACUUUUGUUGCUUACCUUUGCAUCAGUGGUGUACGUGAAAGGGUUCGUAUGCCCUCAGGAAAAUGGUCAGUUUGCUCAUGAAACAGACUGCGAGAAGUACUGGAACUGCUGGAAAUCUGAAGCUUUCAUAGGAGAAUGCAAAUUAGGACUGUUGUUUGAAGCCGAAAGAAGAAUAUGUCUGGAUGCUGAUAUGGUUGACUGUGGAGAUCGGAUUGUUCCAAAAAUUGACUAUAAACCUACAGAAGAAUGUCCCAAACCGGUCGGACUAUUUCCGAAGAAGGAAAACUGUGCACAAUAUUAUCACUGUGUGGGUGGAGAGCCAUUUCUGAAGAACUGCCCACAUGGUCUGCUUUAUGAUCCUGAGAACGAGUGGUGUGACUUCCCCAACAGGGUAGAUUGUGGAGAUAGACCCGUACUAUUUUAAAUCUGGAGACAUGGAGCUAACCUUUUGAGAACUGAUGAGUGUUUUACUCAAACCCACUGACAGUAAAAAUUAUUUUAUUGCAUAAAUAACUUUCAAAGAUAAAAUGUGAUUGGCUUUUAAAAAGGUAUGUUGAAGGAAAGAGAUUAAAAAACUAUAAACCUUUGAAAACAAUUGUGAAAGCAAUAAUAUUUGGUGUAUUCUUGUCAAUAAAGAAACAAUAGUAUUUAGAUUACUCUUGUCAAUAAAGAAACAAUAGUAUCAGGUGUAUUCUUGUCAAUAAAGAAACAAUAGUAUUUGGUGUAUUCUUGUCAAUAAAGAAUCAAAAAUAUUUGAUGUAUUCUUGUCAACAAAGAAACAAUAGUAUUUGGUGUAUUCUUGUCAAUAAAGAAACAAUAGUAUUUGGUCAAUAAAAACGUAACAGUACUUGAUGCAUUCCUGUUAUGAAGGACGUAAAAAUCCUUGGUGUAGUAAUGUCAAUAAAUACGUAACAGAAUUUGGUGUAGUCCCGUUAAUAAAGAUGUAACAGUACUUGGUAUAGUCCUGUCAAUAAAAAUGUUUUUGCUGGA